AUGGCCGAUCUGGAUGAAAUUCGUAGAGUGUAUGAGAUGUUGGAUGAAAAUGUUGACGGAGUGGUGAACGUGGGUGAACUGUGUGGCUUCAUGAACAAGCUUGGAAUAUCAAUGUCGGAAGAUGAUGUGAGAUCUAUACUGAGAAAACCACUCCAAUCUGAGGAUUGUUGCAGUCUUCGAUUUGAAGAUUUUGUUGAGUUUUAUCGAUACAUUUUCUACUCUCAAGAUAAUGAAGAAAAUGACGAGUCCGAAGAUUUGAUGGAGGCGUUCAGGGUUUUUGAUCAGAACAAAGAUGGCUAUAUUUCUUCUAAUGAACUUCAGCACGUCCUGUCCACAAUGGGAUUGAUUCCACGGGGACAAGAUCCGCAAAAAUGCGAGAAAAUGAUUUGCAGAUUUGAUACGGAUUGUAAUGGAGUCUUGGAUUUUUCUGAAUUCAAAACCUACGUUCUAAAUGUAACAAAUAUAACGAGCAGGUCUCCAGCUGAAGUAAUUUCACAUCUGUCAAUGUAUUCCUAA